AUGCGAUGCGUACAAGCUGUCCCGGACCUUUCUUUUCUGCCUGACUCGACGCAGCAUCAGGUACGAAGCAUGAUCGCUUACGUGCAAUCUCAACAAGCGUUAAAUAAAUUCCCUCGCGUGGACGGAACAGGUGUGACGCAAUGCGAUGGCAUUGAUGUUCAUCUUGCAAUACUCAAGAAAAAUCCUUGCGCUGCUGGGGGUGUCAAUGGAAGGACCAAUUUUAUUAUUCGUGUAUCGCCGCUAUUCCCGACUCAAUCACUUUUGAUUUACCGCAUGACAGAUGCUGAUACUGGUCAUCUAAGCUUGAUGCAAGAAGGAUGGCCUCAAAUGGAUAAUCUUUGUCUUAUGAUAAAAGACUUGUGCCUUAAAGUUGAUGGAUCCACAGCGUUUCGUGAAGUAAAAGGCCAUUCUCCCGUACACCCUGUACAUACUUUGCUGUCGCCACCAUCCACGCCAACUAUUAACUACAACAAAUUUGGAAACGACGAUUUACAGCGCAAGCUCUUCCGAUGCAAGUGGAUGGAAACAGCGAAACAGUUUUUUGUGCCAAUGAUUUCGACAAUUCUACAGCUUCGCCAAGUUAUUGAACGCCACAUUCCAGCCGCUAUCUACCCUGAAGUAUCCCUGAAGCUUCUCAGAAGUCCACAAGAUGCGAUGUUUUUAAGGUCAGACGAGGACAUCAAAUGGCUUUUCUCCACCAGUUUACCCGUCGUUUACAUCCUCCUUCAAGGUCAGAUAUCACGCAGCCUUUCUGCCCAUGCGGGCUCUACUGAGCCAAACUGCGUAUCGUCAAAGAGAAAUGUCGAAAGUUUGGCUGUUUUUCCGAAAUGUCUCUAUCCUGCUUCUGUUGGCGAAGUGGAUUUGCUAGGAUUGUAUGAUCAUUCUACUACGCAGCUACAUAAUAUACAUUCGGAGCUUUCAAGUACGCGGCGCCACUUAAUAUCGCACUCUUUAGGUAAGAUUCUUAAACCAGGAACCACGAUUCGGGAGGUUGACUGGAAGGAUCUUGGUGUUCAAAAGUACGUUGGGACUGGGAGCAGCUGUCAAGUUUACAAAGGUAUUUGGCGGGGAGCAGAGGUUGCAGUGAAGUCUUUCACAAAUACUGAUCGCAGCUGCAGAGAACGCGAGUUUGCUAAUGAAGUAGAUGUGAUGCAGCAGCUUGGCCCCAAUCCGUCUCUGGUAACUUUUUUUGCGGUUUGCUCGAAUCCACUUUCAAUCGUGCUAGAAUACCUUCCAUUUUCUCUAUUCGAGCUUAUAAAUGGCGUAUCUGACAAGGCGCGUCGAAUACCACCAUUUCCAGUGUCCUGGACCGUUCGAGUUCGCCUGAUGCUGGAUAUUGCUCGAGGAUUGCAGUUCCUACAUUCCUUUGACAUCAUUCAUAGGGAUCUAAAAUCUUUAAAUUUGCUAAUGACGGCUGAAGGUCGUGUCAAACUAGCUGAUUUUGGGAGGUCGCGAUCAAACGAUCAGACAGAACUGAUGACGGGGUGUUGUGGUACAUUUCAGUGGAUGGCUCCUGAAGUCCUAACGAGUAUGAAGUACUCCUUGUCCGCAGACGUGUACAGCCUUGGUGUAGUUCUCUGGGAAAUUUGUGAGGCUGCUGCGCCUUUUAAGGAUCUAGCUCCGCCUCAAAUUCCACUUGCAGUCGUGCAGGAAAGAAGACGACCCAUAAUAUCGGCCAAGACACCACUGCUUCUUCGAAAUCUCAUUCAGCGAUGCUGGCAGCACGAAGCAGCUCUCCGACCAACCGCAGCAGAUGUUGUCGGAACUCUCCAGAGCUGCUUUUCUUCCACGUGA